GUUACAUUUUACUGAAUAUUGUUAUUUAGUAUUAAAUAAUUUGUAAAAAAAAUGGCACGAAAUGCAGAAAAAGCUAUGACCACUCUUGCUCGAUGGAGAGCUGCACAAAGCAAUGAAGGAGCUAGGAAAGAACAAGAAAGAAGACCAUAUUUAGCAUCUGAAUGCAGAGAUUUGCGAAAAGCAGAAAAAUGGAGAAUGCAAAUAAUUAGAGAAAUUGCAAAAAAAGUUGCACAAAUACAAAAUGCAGGUUUAGGAGAAUUUCGUAUUCGAGAUUUAAAUGAUGAAAUCAAUAAAUUAUUACGAGAAAAACGACAUUGGGAAGCUCAAAUCAAGGAAUUAGGUGGGCCUGAUUAUUCUAGAGUAGGACCACGUAUGUUAGAUCAUGAAGGUCGUGAGGUACCUGGAAACCGUGGUUACAAAUAUUUUGGAGCAGCAAAAGAAUUACCAGGUGUCAGAGAAUUAUUUGAGCAAGAACCACCACCUCCGCCCCGUAAAACACGCGCCGAAUUAAUGAAAGAUAUUGAUGCCGAUUAUUACGGUUACAGAGAUGAUGAUGAUGGAAUUUUAUUACCUUUAGAACAAAAAGCUGAACAGGAAGCACGAGAAAAAGCAGUACAAGAAUGGCUAGCACAAAAUAAAAAAGAAUCAGAGAUCGAAGAAGAAAUCGAAACAACUGCUCAAAAAGCAAUACCAUCGCAACAAGAUAUUCAGGAAGCAUUACUUGCAAGAAAAAAACAAGAACUAUUAGAGAAAUAUGUACUUUGAUAGGUUUUA